AUGUCUGGUAUGAACUAUGCAGUUAACAGUGACGCUCUAGUGGAGGAGGAGGCCGCCGUAGCGCAGAGUACUACAUUCCACUACAACUCUUCACUACUACUUUCCAUCACUCUCAACUACUACCGGACACCACAAUACACCAACUACUCUCCACCAGAAUUCUACAACCACUACAAUUCUACUACUACUACCUCUUCACUUCCACCCUCCAUUACUCCUCUUCUACUGCAAAUGGUCACCCGUUCCGCCCGUGUUACUUUGGUGAUUGCCAUGAUCUCGCAACCGCCACAAGCGAUAAAUACGCCACUCCUACGCCACUCCUACGCCACUUCUACGCCACUCCUACGCCACUCCUACGCCACUCCUACGCCACUCCUACGCCACUCCUACGCCACUCCUACGCCACUCCUACGCCACUCCUACGCCACUCCUACGCCACUCCUACGCCACUCCUACGCCACUCCUACGCCACUCCUACGCCACUCCUACGCCACUCCUACGCCACUCCUACGCCACUCCUACGCCACUCCUACGCCACUCCUACGCCACUCCUACGCCACUCCUACGCCACUCCUACGCCACUCCUACGCCACUCCUACGCCACUCCUACGCCACUCCUACGCCACUCCUACGCCACUCCUACGCCACUCCUACGCCACUCCUACGCCACUCCUACGCCACUCCUACGCCACUCCUACGCCACUCCUACGCCACUCCUACGCCACUCCUACGCCACUCCUACGCCACUCCUACGCCACUCCUACGCCACUCCUACGCCACUCCUACGCCACUCCUACGCCACUCCUACGCCACUCCUACGCCACUCCUACGCCACUCCUACGCCACUCCUACGCCACUCCUACGCCACUCCUACGCCACUCCUACGCCACUCCUACGCCACUCCUACGCCACUCCUACGCCACUCCUACGCCACUCCUACGCCACUCCUACGCCACUCCUACGCCACUCCUACGCCACUCCUACGCCACUCCUACGCCACUCCUACGCCACUCCUACGCCACUCCUACGCCACUCCUACGCCACUCCUACGCCACUCCUACGCCACUCCUACGCCACUCCUACGCCACUCCUACGCCACUCCUACGCCACUCCUACGCCACUCCUACGCCACUCCUACGCCACUCCUACGCCACACCUACGCCACUCCUACGCCACUCCUACGCCACUCCUACGCCACUCCUACGCCACUCCUACGCCACUCCUACGCCACUCCUACGCCACUCCUACGCCACUCCUACGCCACUCCUACGCCACUCCUACGCCACUCCUACGCCACUCCUACGCCACUACUUUUCCCUCAUUGUUGCAUCUUCUUUAUUUUCGCAGCAGCAGCAGCACUAA